AUUCAGGUAAAUUCAUGAGAUUUAUUUAUACAUGAAAGUGUAAAGUUUGCAAGUUUUAUCCCAUGGCUUUAUCCGACUUCAAUCCAAAACUUGGGUCUCUAGACUCUCUCUAGAAAUGCAUUAUCAUUUUCAUACAAGUUUUGAAGAAAUAAUUAACAGCACACCAAGCAGUAAAAUAAAUAAUUAGUGGAGUAAUUAUCAUGAUGCAUCCCAUACAUAUCCUAACUAAUUAGCAUAAUCAUCUUCGUAAUUACCAUAUUAUCCACAUUCGCAUCCGGACUUGGAUUGUAGUCUAAAUUGUAUUCCAAAAACGAAGGAUGAGUUUCUCAAGUAAAAUUCGGGUUUCCAUUUUAAUCCUGGUUUUAAAGUGGGUUUCCCUCGUGACCUCUUCUGCGGACCCGCUUUUGUUGACCCCGCUGUUGUCGGCAGGACGCGUGGAGGACGCGAGGAAGUUGGCCUUGGUCAAAUUGAGAAAUGUUACUUCCGGUUCUUCCGUUGGCGACACGCUGCCCGUCGAGGUCAUCAGCUACAGCGGCCUGCUCACCGUGGACGACGCCUGUCAUUCGACCAUCUUCUUUUGGUUCUUUCCGGCCAUGUAUGACGCCCCCACUGCGCCCGUGAUCCUGUGGCAUGGCGGAGGACCAGGAAGCAGUGGCCUCUCAGCCCUCUUUUCACAACACGGCCCAUUUUCCCUGGGAGACGAUGGCACUCUCCACUUGCGCCACAUGCCGUGGGCACUGGCGCGGUCAGUGCUCUACGUCGACAGCCCGGUCGGCACGGGAUUCAGUCGACACGAUGACCGUCCCGAGUGCUACGUCAGAACGACGACCAAGACGGCGAAACACAUGGUGACCGCAAUGUCCCAAUUUUUCAUUAUGUUUCCAGAAUAUGGGAAGAACGACUUUUUCAUAUUCUCAGGGUCUUACGGAGGUAAAUUUGUUCCGGCCAUAGCGUACGAAAUCCACACCCAGAACCGAAAUUCAGUCACCAUAAAUCUGAAGGGUUUCUGCAUAGCUUCCGGUUUCUCAGACCCAAUUUCGCAGAUCGACUAUGGCGCCGUCUACUUGGCACAAGGUCUCAUCGACGCUGGCGAAUUCGACAACUUUCAUCAACAGGAAACGGCAGCCAAGGCAAACAUAAAUCAAGGCAAUUGGAGUGCUGCGUUCGACAUAAUCGAGCCCCUUAUCAUCGGGGUUGACGAGGCCCCUUCGCGUCUCACCAACUUGACCGGGAUCACCUUCCCCUACAACAUGGCGAAAGACUGGGUGUCAAAUCCCCCCGAGUUGAGACGACAUGUCGCCUUCCUCAACAGACCGGACAUCCAAGAGGCCAUUCACACUGGAAGCCUUAACUAUUCCACGUCCAGUAGCAUCGUCUACUCAAAUUUUAAGCAAGACAUCUACCAAUCGGUCAAGCCUAUUUUUGAAGAGCUUCUCGACUCGGGGUUGUACCGAGUGCUCAUAAUUGGGAACCAACUUGACCUGAUCGUCCCCCACGCGAGUUUGACCUCGUUCCUCAACGGUCUUAACUGGAAGAAGGGUUCAGAGUGGAGGGGGUCGCGAUCCAAGAUUUUAGGGGGUCAAGGUCAACGUAAGGUCGCGCUGGGGUAUGUCAGACAGGUGGACGAAUUGACAUACCUGUUUUUACGAAAUUCUGGCCAUCUCUGGAUAUUGGACCAGCCCCAGGUUGCGUUCGAAGUCAUGACCAAAUUCACCAGUGGGGGGAAUCUCUGACCAAAAAUGGUCGCAGAAACGACGGGAGUUGGAUUUCUAAAAUUUGGUGUUCAAAAAAUUUGUAAAAUAUAAUUUAUUGGGAAUACAAAAUUGGUACCUAUUUUUUUAGGAAUUUACAAGUUUCACAAUGCUCUUUCUAAAUUAUUCCAUAAUUACAUAUUGCAUAUAGAGGUAGGUAUAUAUACAGAUAAAUAUAAAUCUACAUGGGGCUUAAAAAUGUGCAGUAAUCUCUUUUAUGACUU